GGGCUCUAUCCGGCUUCGCAUGCUGUGCUGUCUUUGGCUGAGUGAUAUCGUUAGAAUGUGUUUUAACUCUGUUUUCCUGGUGAUAUCCCAGUGUUGAUAGUGAAAUUCAUCAUAUUUCUCUAGAUAAUGUGUCUAUGAUUUUGAUUCCAUUGUUCUUAAAUUAUUAUCAAGAGUGCUCUGUCCUCUGUGAUUAACUUCAACUUCCUUCAGUUUGCAAACUGUUAUUUUUAUUUGCAGGUUUAUAAACUGUGAUCGAAUGAAUGUUGUUAUCUGACGAAUCUCCUUUGUCGGCUGCAAACUAAUUAAGCGCUCUCAAGGUGAAUUAAAAACUUUUAUCUCGCGAAAGUGUUGGCCGUCUUUUUAUAUUUAUAAUUCAGAAAGUUGUGUUGCAGUGUCAAACAAGGCAAUCCCCUUCCGACUUAUUUCAACUUGAAGUAGCACACAAAUAAGCCAAUUAGAGGCCUGUCCAUUGUAGCUGUUUAUGUUUCUCAGCAUUGUUUGGCCUCUAAUGAUUGAUGAUACUAUUUCUAGAGGAGUUGUAACUUGAACUUGAAAGUGAAUACUAUAAUCGAUGUGAGUUGCAAUCACCUUGGAAAAAUAAACGUGGAGUACAUUGCUAAAAACAGAGAUCAUUUAUUUUCAAACCUUGGCGCUCAGCGCUCACCAGUUCAAUUGGUUCUCCGGCAUGUAGCAGACAGCAGUUGCUGGAGAAAUGGCGACAGAGGGUAGCGACAUGCAGGAGGCAGACUCGGCGUCCGCAGCAGACGACACCGACCAGCUGGCAGUGAGCAGCACUGAGGAAGCGACCUUGACCUUGACCAAGGACGACGAAGAACAGGUGUUGCAUCUGCAGGAAGGCGGCAGCGACAGUGGAGUUGAGCUGAACGGGGGCGGCCGGACUAUCGGCGGCUUCGAGCUGAACGGGGGCGGUCGGACUGCCGGGGAUGACACGGGUACUCCGGCGUUGUCGUGUGACAGCAGCCUCGUCAGCUGUUGCUACUCGUCCGAGGAUCUGGUCAGCACCACUGUGCAUCUCACCGACGAGCUGCGCGAUCUGAGUCUCAAUGCCGGCGGCGAUGGCACUAGUGAAGGUGGCAGUGAGAGCUCGUCCAUAAUCAGCACGCACUGUUACAAUCACAAGCCACGGGCAGCAGUCUGCUCCAGACGUAAGGCAACCUCCAAACCGCAGUCGGUGUCCUCUUCCUCCUCAUCUCUGCGACCGUCCUCACUCAGCUCAACGCGAUCCAAGUCGCAAAUGGCUCGCGACAGGUCCCAGUCAGGCCGACACACCAACAGUGUGCCACCAUCCACAUCAGCCAACCCCUCAAAGACUGCCAACUCUUCCACGUCCUCCUCUUCCAAGUCUCUCCAUCCUUCCAGUGGUCACAAGAUCAACGGCCAAUCCACGUCAAUUAGGGCGCGAUCAUCCUCCAGUGAUCCUUCAUCGCGUGUCAAACCGUCAAUGAAACAAGUGACCAACAAGUUGAGAUUGAUGAAUGGAGGUGCCGACGAUGGUCGAUGGCCGUCGUCGUUCAGUAAAUCGCACCAGGUCAACCUGCCAAAGAGCAGUCGACAGUCGCUAGUCUCGUCUAUAUCCAUACAAGACACUAAGAAAAUCUCUUCCCCUCAGUCUCUCAUGUCAACAUCGUUUUGCCAGAUGUUGUUGGACUCUCCAACAUCGAGUAACACGUUGGAAAAGUACGCGACUUUGCCUAGAAGACGAAGAAAAUCUGCCGAAAACCUUUCGCUCCCACCUACCAUCAACAGUCGUGAGCCCAGUUUAAACCGCACUGCAAGUCUGAGACGAAAACAUUUGGCUGCCAUGAAUUCGGGUGGAAGCAGUACUCCGUCGCCUCCUGUGAAAACAAUGCCCCCCUAUCCUAGGAAUAAAUCGAGGACCAAAAUCUAUCAUGAGACAAGUGUGCAGACGUCGCUAACCAGUGCUGAUCUUGAAGAUGUGUUGGCUGGAUCGCCCCCAGUCGAUGUACACACCAGGGUCGAAGUGCAACAUCGCGAGAUCCAGGUUGAUAGAAGGAUAGAAGCGGUCGAGAGACUGGAAGCGCAGCUGAAAGACAUGCAGCAAGAAAUCGUCAAGUUGCAGUUGGACAAGAAAGAAUUCGAAGAAACAAAGGAGAAACUGUCCAAAGAGAAAUCUGCAAAUGUUGCUAUGUCUAAACGGCUGGCCAGGCUUCUCAAUAAGAAAGAAUAUUCCGGUGACUUGGUUACUGAACUGGAAAAACAAAUCCUACUGAGUAGAGAGAUGGCUUCUCGCCAAAAAGAGGAGAUAAUUAAAUUGAAUUCGCUUUGCCAUACACUCAAUAAGAAUCUUGAUAAGAGCUUCGUGGUUCAAAGAGCUCUCAUGCAGCAGCAACAGGAGAGUGAAGUGGAAGCCUUUGAGAUGCAGGACUUCUUACAAGCUGAGAAAUCAACUCUGGCCGAUUCGUUGAAGGAUACUGAAGCUGAGUUGAAUCAACAGAAAGAGCUGCUGAAGCUGAAGGAUGCAGAAUUGGCUCGUAUGCAAGAAGAGUGCUCUCACCUAGUCAGAAUAUCAGAACAGAGAAGGCAAGAAGUGCUGUCGAUGGUGGCUCGGCUGAAGAGUAUGGAGCGACGCAGCAAGGACGUGUUGCUGCAACAAGGCGCCGCCGUGUCGAGUGCCGCAGUCGCCCUGUCUGGCCUCGGCGCACGUCUCGACACUCUCGUCGACGCUCUGGUCACCUCAUACGCCAUCUCUCAACAAGAUCUCGAGGAUGUAGUGUACCACAACGAGGCAUACAGUGAUAGUGGGAGCAGCGCGGAGACGAGUCCCCAGCACCAGCACCAGCCUAGUGCCACCAACUCCCUGGAGGCGGCAUCCUCGCGCUUCAUGGCGGCCGUCAUCAACGCCAUCCGAUCGGCCACCUCAUCGUCACGGCGAUCUCAUACAGCAGAAACAGUAUCGGACAGCGAGCCAAUGCUGUCAGCCGAGCCGGAGCCAUCGGGGUUCGCGGAGGGAGGGGAUAGGGACGCAACCACUUGCACCACCUCGUCCUCGCCCGACAAGCGGCUGUCGAUCGCCUCCAUCGAGGAUGGCGAGGGUGAUGGUGACGGUGAGGGCGAGGGAGGCUCCCUGCAGCAGCUGACCGACGCCAUCAUCAGCCGCCAGGAGGCCGAGGAGCUGAGCGAGGUGGUGGGGGCUGCCGAGAUAGGGGGUGCCACUGCAGGGGUGCACUCGCUCGUCGACCAGGUGAUCGACGUCGACAACCUCGUCACCAAACUGCUCAAGGUGCUCACCAUCGUGCAGGCCACCAGUGCGCGCACCAACAAACUCCAAACCAUCCAACUAUCUGAGAAGCUUAAUCAAAAGGAGGAGGAGAAGCAAUGUGCUGAAGACAUUGUGGAGUCCUUGAGGAAGGAGGUGCAUCAGUUGAAAUCACAGUUGAAUGACGGAGAAAUAACUGACAACCAGGCGUUCGAUCUGAGAAAAAGACUGACUGAAAAGGAAACACAGCUGGAAGAGAUGGGGAGAAAUUUGUAUCUGACGAAAAAGUUGCUAAAUGAUACUUGGCACCAAGCUAUGACGGAAAUCAAGCGACAAUACCAUGCCAUAGAUGCAGCACUUGAGAUGUUGCAGAGCGUAGGUGGUUUGGUAGAGCAAAACCAGACACUUUCCAAAAUCCAGCAAAAUCUGGAGGAAACGAAUUUCCGGUGCGCUUCGAAUAUGCCGGUGUUUGGCUCAGCGACAGCAACAGCCGACCACAACGCCAACGCGGCGCCUCUGCUGAAUCUGCCCGCCAUCUCCCCUCCGUCACCCACCAUCAACGGAACUGCUUGACUCAAUUCCUGCCAAAACCACCAGUGAUGCACUCUUCUUGAUUGAAAAGCAAGUUAAUGGAAAGCAGUUUGUAGCAAAUUACCGUUGAGUUCACGCUCGUAAAUCUGUCAUUCUUUAAUCUUGAUCAGGGAAGAUCUCUGUAUCACAGAUCACAAUACAGAGCUAAACCUAGC